AACCUAACUUAGAAGGUAAACUUUGCUCCUUGGAGAUGUAAAUGAAAAAUGUAAUUAUAUAUAUAAAUUAAUAUAUUCACAAAUCUAUAUAUAAAUUAAUAGACUUGCAAAUCUUUUAUGGAUCAGAAAGAGAUGUGUGAUGAAAUGUAUAAAAUUUGAAUCUCGAUGAUGAAUAUGUCUUGAUUGAAAAGGUACAUAUGUCAAGUUUAAAGAAAGAACAUCAACAUGAUAGAAAUCACGGCGAAACUAAUUCGUGGUCCUAUAUAUUUCUCCGGAGAAAUUAUAGAAUGUUUGGUGACGUUUACUAAUCCUCCGAAUCCGAAUCAUCAAAUAUCACAAAGUCACAGUGAUCUAUUUGAGAGUCUUGCAUGGGCAAGCGCACAGGUACAUUGCCAGUGUACAACGAAUAGCAAGAUAGUGCUUUCGGAGAAAAUAAAUAUUACAGCUCGUUCAGUGGCAAUUAAUGCAAAUACUACCUUUGCGCCAUGGCAGCAAGACAAUGGUCAUGUAGUAUUAAAUACAAAGCCAAAAAUUUUGUGCUGUGAUUUAAGAUUGUCACCUGGAGAAAGUAAGACCUAUAUUUAUCGUGAAACAAUUCCAAGUGAUGCUCCUCCUUCAUACAAAGGACAGGCUGUAAAAUAUUCAUAUAAAAUAACAAUUGGAACACAAAGAGUGAAUACAGUUAUAAAGUUAUUACGAGUACCAUUUAGAGUACUCUCUUUAAGUGAAUUGCCAGAGAUUACAGCGUGCAAUGAUAGUGUAGAUUUAAGCCCCAAUAAUCCAUUUAUGGAAACACAGCAUAGAGAAACUCCACUAGAUAUCGCACUACAAACACUACAGAAUUUAACAGCUAGACGCAGUCCGAAUUUUUACAACGUGACAAAUGGUCGCGGACGAGUAGUGCGAUUCUGUCUCUUCAAAAACUCCUACAAACUCGGCGAGGAUAUCGUUGGAACCUUCGACUUCUCGAAUGCGACCGUCUCCUGCGUUCAGGUAUCUGUGUCCUUGCAAUCGGAGGAGCACGUGUCGGAAGAGUACAAGCGAGGCAAAGUCACUGCGCCGACGUUGAUUAGCUACAACAAGCAUCAUGAAAUGUGUCUUGGUCUGAAAUACUCCCACUUAGUGCUACCGAUACCCCUUCACGUUACUCCGGACUUCACCACCGAUUUGGUGACGCUCAAGUGGCGUCUGCACUUUGAGUUCGUCACGACGCCAAAGCUAGUGGAGAUGCCUGGCGAGAAUACCAUCAGCUGGCACGGACCAGCGACUUUGGACGUCGAGACGAUGAUUUGGGAUCUUCCGUUGCACAUCCAUCCCACCACCACACCGCCGAACACGGCGCAACAGACAAAAUACAACACCGUCAUAUAGCGAACAUCGUAAUACAUAGCGUAUGAAUGCGCGUAUUGUGUAUGUCCGGUAUAUGUUAAAGAGGCGAAUUAUUUCACUAUACUGAUACAGCCAACGUGUUGCGAAAAUAACGUAGGAACGGAGGAAGAAAUUCUCCGUUUCUUCUCCGGCAACUCUUGCGAUAUACCGUUAUUCUGUUAUACUUUAGAAAAUUUAUAUUCUGUAUGAUAAUUUAUUGUACACAAGAGAGAAAGAUAUAUUUUCGUAUAUUUAUGUAUCUUUGUAAGAAAAGUUGCAUAAUGAAAGAAUAUGUUAGAAUCAUUUUUGAGAGCAUACUUUCACAUCUCCGUGAUAAGUUUUAUAAUUGUAUCUUUGACUAUGUAUCACACGCGCGGGUAGCACUUUACUGCGUAUUAAAUUCUUAAUGCAGGAUUGCUUCUACUCAGAGUAAUAGUUUCUCCGAAGAUUAAUGACUUUGUAGGAAUGAUAUAUUACAGCGGCGAAGAAAAAUAGACAGACUGAUUUAAUCUCUAUAAA